AUCGUAACUUAACGUAUUUAGCAUCAAGAUAAUAUUAUCUGAACGAGUAGAUAGGUAUGUGGCUCUACUGUUAACGCAGCCAAUUUCAGUGAGGGUCUUCGUUUCGCAACGAAAAUUGACCCUCGAGAAACUUUAGUUUUAUUAAUCUGAAGGUAUUCAUUUUCACAGCCAUGAGAAUUUUUAUAUAUCCGAUAGUGUUCACCGUUGAUUUCAAGUAAUAUUUGUGUAAAUCCAUCGAAGAAACAAAGAAAAAUUAGUGUUCUGGGUGUACGUGCAGUACUUGCUGUUAAUCAAGUCAGCAGUUUCAACUUCUGAGGCACAUGACGAGCAUACUGGAUAUUCACCUGAAUUCCUACUUUUUUUGUCAACCUUUAUGGACCAGAUGAAGAUAAUGUCAGAUGAUGAUGCAACAUUGGAUUCAAUGGAUACAGAGGAGGAUAUUUUCAGCCCUCGCAGUCGCAGGCUUAGCGCGACUGUUAGGAGGGAUAAGAGCCUACGUACUUUACGAUCUCACUCAGUCGUCGGAGCUCAUAUUGAUAGAAAUAAUUUGAGUGUUCGCCGUAGUACUCGCAACAGAAUGCAAACCUAUGACAACCUAAACACUAGUUGGAUUUUAGGUACACAAACGUUAAAAGGCUAUCCUAUGUUUCAACAACAUGGGUCUUCUUCGGAUAAAGAAAUUGGAGAUGAAGUGACUGAUAGAAAGCGUGAUCUCAAAGAUCGUAUGCCCUUAAAGUCCCGUGAAAAUCACCCUCCUAAUAAGGGUCCUACUAGACAUAUCAGGGAGAGAGCCGAACAUACUCGACAAGGAAGUCGAGAACUCAGAGACAGACCUGAUCGCGAUAGAGACGUUAGAGAACGACCUGACCGAGAUCGGACAGAACAUGAUAGAAACUUCAGGGAAUUGAAAGAAAGGCAGGAACAGGAAAUCACUGAAAGGGAAAUUAAAGAAAAAGUUGAGACGAGAAGCAAAUCUGACAUCAGACCGACGACAAAUGAAGAGAAAGAUCCUAGGAGGAGAAAGUCCGAUAGCCCAUCUAGACUCAGAGAAGGUCCUGUAACUAGACAUUCUGGGAAUAACUUAGAAAAAGAUGUUAAACCUAAACCUGAUCAGGAGCAAACUGAUGGAGAUAGUUCACAAGGAAGUGAAAAACCGGACAAUGAUAAUAAUGAUAACACAGAUAACGAAGAUGGAUACGAGGAUAUGUACACUAGAAUUAAGAGAACCAGAAGGGCUGCACAGCGUCAAUUACCAAGAGUGGUGGGAGACAGUGACAUGAGCGAAUCAUCAGAUUCACCUGGACCACGAAAAUACAGUUUACGCCAAAAGAAGCCAGCAGUAGAUAGGUUCCAAGCAAAUGUAGAGCCUGUUAGGCGAUCAAUUAGAGUGCUUAGAAGUGUUCUUAGCAAUUCAAUGAGAAGACGUAAACAUAGGAGUAAGAGUACAAGUUCUAGCGACUCGAGUGAUUCUGAGCCACAACGUUACGACAAAAAGAAAGGAAAGAAAGCACGGCAAUCCGCAAUACCGCAGGGAGGUCCACCGGAUCGUAAGGCUGACAUAAACCCAAUAACAUUGGACACAAAUAUAAGAUUUAACGAUGUUGGCGGUUUGGAAUCGCAUAUUCAUUGUCUAAAAGAAAUGGUUGUAUUUCCCAUGAUGUAUCCAGAUGUUUUUGAUAGAUUCCACGUAACGCCACCAAAGGGUGUACUAUUUCAUGGGCCACCUGGGACCGGUAAAACAUUGAUUGCUAAAGCAUUAGCCAAUGAAUGUAGUCAGGGUAGCAGAAAAGUAUCUUUCUUCAUGCGAAAGGGUGCAGAUUGUUUAUCCAAAUGGGUCGGAGAAUCAGAACGUCAAUUGAGAUUACUUUUCGAACAAGCACAACAGAUGAAACCGUCCAUCAUAUUUUUUGAUGAAAUCGACGGUCUUGCUCCAGUAAGAAGCACUAAACAGGAUCAGAUACAUGCUAGCAUUGUGUCUACGUUGUUAGCUCUUAUGGAUGGUUUGAGUGAUCGUGGCGAGGUUAUUAUCAUCGGAGCUACCAAUCGUAUAGAUGCUAUUGAUCCAGCACUGCGAAGACCUGGACGUUUUGAUCGUGAAUUAUUUUUCCCAUUACCUGCCAUGAAAGAGAGACUAGAGAUUUUAAAGAUACACGUUAGCAAAUGGAAAAACGCACCGUCAAAUCAAUUACUAGAAGCACUAGCUGAAAAAGCUAUUGGAUAUUGUGGUUCGGAUUUGAGGGCACUGUGCACUGAAGCUGUUUUACAAGGACUGAGAAGAACUUAUCCACAAAUAUAUAUGACUAGUAAUCGAUUACUUUUGGAUCCAGAGCGUGUAGAAGUAAAGAAACGAGAUUUCAUGCAGGCAAGUUCUCGACUUGUACCAUCGUCGCAUAGAGUAACACCAUGUGCGGGAAGAAAGUUACAGCCAUUCUUGGAACCCCUUCUAGGACCUGCAUUAGAGGAAAUUAUAGGUGCAGUCAAGGGAACCUUUCCUCAAGGUGUUAAUCCCGCAAUGGCAAAAAUCAAGAUUGCAAAAGGUAUUCAUCGACCUCGAUUACUCGUUUCUGGUGGCAAUAUGGCACAAGGUCAGGGUCCUCAUUUAGCACCUGCAUUACUCUAUCGUAUGGAGCAUUUGCCUGUUCAAACAUUAGACGUGAGUACGUUGUUUGCUGAAAGCGCAAGGUCUCCCGAAGAAACUUGUGUGCAGGUAUUUAAUGAAGCUAGUAGAAAUAUUCCGUCCAUUAUUUAUAUUCCAUCGAUUGAUCAAUGGUGGCCACUAGUUCCGGAAACCGUAAAAGCGGUAUUCCUGUGCCGCAUCGCUGCUCUUGAUCCAACUCUACCAAUUCUCUUACUUGCAACGAGCGACACAAUGUAUCAGGACUUGCCCAUCCAAUUGAGAAAUCUCUUUAGUGAAUUUCGUGGGGAGGUAUAUUCUAUGAAAAACCCAAGCGAGGAACAAAGAGCCAAAUUCUUCAAGCCUAUCUUCAUGACCCAGAGUUUGAAACCACCACAGGUCAAGGAUACCGUGGUGGAAGUUCUACCAGAGCUACCACUAGCGCCGUGUCUUAUGCCAAAGAAAUUAACGGUCGAGGAGAAAAAGGUCUUAUACGAAAAAGAGGAAGUAUCCUUGAGGGAAUUACGAAUCUUCUUAAGAGAAAUUUGUGCGAAACUCGCCAGAAAUAGACAAUUCUUCAUGUUCACCAAACCCGUAGACACGGAAGAAGUGCCAGAUUAUAAUAUGAUCAUCAAGCAGCCCAUGGAUCUUGAAACGAUGAUGACUAAAAUCGAUAUGCACUGCUACUUGUCAGCUCGCGAAUUUUUGGAUGAUAUUGAUCUCAUCUGCAGAAAUGCAUUGGAAUACAAUCCAGACAGCUUGCGCGAUAGGCCAUCCCUUGGAAUAUUGAAGAGGGAUCCAGCAGACAAACUGAUAAGACAUCGUGCCUGCUCUCUUCGUGAUAACGCUUACGCCUUGAUAAAAGCCGAAUUGGAUUCAGACUUCGAGGACAAGUGUAGAGAAAUUUCAAAAAAUCGUAAAGUUAUGGAAGACGAUGACGUACAACAGGGUGUAGAAUUAAAGAACGGUAAAACUGUUUUAUCAACUAUAAAUGAGAAGAUGGAGAAAAAAGACACGCCCACUUCUGCCGGUACUCUUGUAGUAAAUGGAAAGAAAUUCUCAAAUUCACGAAAGCGUAGAAUACCUGCAUGGGCCAGGGGUUACGUAAAGAAAGUUCAUAAAAAGAAAAAAAUAGCUUUCGACGAUAACGUUAUCGAGGUAAGAAGUAAAUCGCGUCUAAAUAGCGAGACAUCCGGUGGUAUAGACCUGGAGAAGUUUCAAGAAUUCGAAACUGAAGCCAAUAACGUACUCAAUGGUCACGUUGCUCUCUAUGAGAACAGUGAUUCGGAUAAUGAUUCGCAAAAUGAAAUUUUAAAGGAGACACAAGGCUCUCACAACAAUACUGCCAUGGAAGAUAAACGUGUCUACGAGUGCGAGAAAAUGGAUGUAGCCAGUACAGAGGGUGAUAAAGUUGACAAUGAUAAAAGCGGAUCGAACUCCUCCUCAAGGCGAGAGAGUAUGGACGAGUUGUCCUUUGCCAUCGAGAGUGAUUCUAGUCCAACCAAGUGCUUAGAGAGUGAGAAAGUGAUAAUUGAUAAAAAUGAGCUUGAAAGUGCUUGGCAACAUACUGUCGAAGCGACGAAGAAUUUUCCUGUGGAAGUUCUGUGCGAUAUUUAUGUGCAGUUGAGCCGAUGUGUUGGCAGACAUGCACAUAAUUAUGAUCGAAAAUCACUGCCAAAGGAUUUGCUCAAGGAACUGGAAAGGUUUGAAGAGUAUAGGACCACGGCGUUUGAGGAAACUCUCCAGGAUAUUGAACAAUCCAACGUCGGAUAAGGUGUGUCGGAUAUCUUUAAAACAUAUUAAUAAAUUGUCUUUUCUUCCCUACGCGAAAUCCAAAUUUCGAAUUUAAAUAAGUUAUUUGAAUUGUAAUUAACUUUCGAUUACAAUCUUAGAGACCUUGUUUAGUUAAAUUGUUCACGAUGAGAAUGAAAAUUGCCUUUUUAAAGAAUAUUAGUGAACUAGGUUUGUUCGGAUACCUAUAUGCGUGUCCUUAAAGAAAAUGUAAGGUGUGUAAGCAUCGAGGUUAUGCAGUCUCCUGACUUACUGGUUGCAUCUUGUAUUUUCUAUUAUCCUAAUAUCAGUGUCGCUUAUUGGGUAUCGUAUAAAAAGAUUUAUUCGCUGUAAGUAAGUUUUUGUUUACAUCAUUGGCCAAUUUUAUUCAUUAUGGCACUUUUUUUUUUCUUUUUGAAGACUACGUUCAUCAAAAUGUGCUCGGGUGCUGCCAUUUGAUGAUUAUUAUUUUAGUAUAUCGCGUACUUAAUGAUUUUUUUUUUUUUAAUAACAAACCUUCAAAAGCGUGUCAUUAACUCUUUCAGUUUGGGACACUGCGACCUAGGACUGCAAUCAAUUGAAAAAGUUCCUUAAUUAAUCAAUAUCCUUGCACCACAUUGUCCUAUUCGUAUAACAAUUAUCCAAGUAUUAGUCACCUUCAUGUACUAACAACUCCGACUUCUAAACUUCAAUUAAUCUAAUAAAUAAAUAAACAAAUCCCACUCUGAAAGUGUUAAGUACAAAGUGUAUGUUAUCUGCAAGGUAUACGUUGCAAUUAAUCAAAAUUUGUACAAUAGAUGUUUAAGAUGAUGCAAGUAUGAUUAAUUGCAUAUUACACCGGCAGCAGUCGCAUCCUGAUACGACAAUUAUAUGUAGUUAAGUAAAUAUGUUGUAAAUAUAAUUAUAUGCAAUUUUGAUUCAAUCUAAGUAGCUGUAAAGUUUUUCACGAUAAGAGCAAGAAAAAUGCAACUGGCAACACGACAGGAUUGGGAUGAGAAGGAAAAAUAGACCAGCCAGACAGAUAUCGCAUCCAUCGGGAAACUCAAAUUUUGUCAUUUACCGUAACCAAAGUUAUACGUUAUAAGUGUUGGGCCUAUAAUGCAUAAGAAACAUGACGCCUGAAUGAUAUGACAGAUUAUUAUGAAAUACCUCGGUAACGCUCGAUGAGCAUUAGCGAUUAACGAUUAAGAUAAACGUUAAACUCAUUUUAUAUUGGUUGUAGUCAUUAAAAUUGUAAUCAUAAAGAGGUUAAGUUACCAAUAUGGGUUGUCUUUGUUAAAAGUUUAUGAUCUGAUUUUCUAAUGUGUUGCUAAUAAUAUUGUUCUCCGUAUUCGCGACUUUCGUUUUCUUUGAAUUAAACAAUUAGCAAUUACUGUAAGUGAAAGUCGCAUGGGAUUUGUCGAAGAAUCUUAUUAUAAGUUCAGCAUUGAGGAACCUUAGUGAGGAUUAAUAUUUGACAUAAUUGUCACAUAGCCUUAUUAUAUAAUUAAUUCUUUAAAUGGACAUUUCUCUAUAUAUAAAUACGUUUAGAUAAUUCUGUUUAUUAAGCAGGGUUCUAUGGCAUAAUAUUAUUUAUAUAUAAAUACAUAAAUAGUACUUGUAGAUAAUAUCCAGUGGAAAAAUGUUUUUCAUCAUUCCAAGAAUGGGGGAUAUGUUGUAUUAGCGAUGAAUCAAAUUAAUUUGUCAAAAUAUCAUUGAAUUUGGGCAUUCGUUCAGAAUCAUAUUAUCGUUUGAAAAUCAAUAAUUGAAGACUGAGUAGUUCGAACUUCUAUAAUUAUUUAUCAUCUAUCAUAUCCUUUGGUCUUCUCGGUUAAUCUAAUGUUUUAAUAAUUAAAUGUCCUGGAGUGGUCUAAGCAUUUUUCCAUAGUAACAAUAUCAAAUAUGAAAAAAAACCUAUUAUUUAUUUUUUCGACGUUAGCCUUUCGUAAUGACAUAUUUUUAUAUACAUAUUAUUUACAAGCGUGGCAUAGAAAUUACUACAUGUACAAAUUACAAUUUCGUAAAUUCGCUGCUUGCAAAUUUGUUUGAUCGAAUUAGAAGUGUUUCUUUUAAUACAGUCAAAGUUCAGACAGUCGUGUUUUCCUUGAUCAGAUGUAUCAACUUUCUUGUAACUUAAAGCUAAUUAUAAAAAAAAAUUAUAACUAUACACAAUGAUAACAUUGUUCGGAUUAUAAACGCUUUAUAAUCAUCUAGCAUGUGGAAACAACCUAAGGAUUGUAUACAGAUAUCAACAAAAAAAAAACAAGGAAACUUUCACAGUGUUAAUUCAAAAUUAAAUCUUAGUGUAAUGUGAAUGAAAAGUUGGAUCUUUGCUAUGUGCGUAUGAUCGAUUUGAAUUAAAUUUUCGACGAAACUCAUUUCGUUUAGGUCAACGAUGAUCGAGUCCCGGAUAUAGGAAUCUUAGUUGAAUAAUUCGGGCAUAAAAUUUAACUGUUAGUAAUUGUAAUUGAUAUCGGCCAUUACUGUUCUGACUGUUAGUCAUUCGUACUGAGAACACGAUUGCGUGACUUAGUAAGUAAUGUUUAGGAAAAUGGGAAGUGUGUAUAUCCUUAAGAAAAUUGGCGCCAUCAUGAAAGAUUUAUGAAAAUUAAAAAUACAAUAAGUUGUCUAUCUGGACGUUGGAUAAGAAGAAAACUCUUUGAUGGGGGGUUUCUAUUAUAAUUUAAUUGAAAUACACCACGAGUUAGCAUCGAGUGAUAUCACUAUUAUCUGCCAAAGAGAUUGACUGCGUACAGCAAUUUGUGAAAAUUUCUCACUUUGUGUGACCCGUCGAAAAACUAACAGCACCGAGAAUAUAUGAUUUUGCAAACAUAUACAAUCUUUGCUACAUGUAGCCUCAAAGAUAAACGUCUAACCGAUUUCAAUAUGAAAAUUGUAAAAUGACAUUCGCUUUUGUCAGUAUCUUUCCAAAGUAGUUAAUAAUAAACACAAAUAACAUUCCAUUAUAUGAGAAUCGCCAUAUUACUAUGCUUGGAGAAUGAUAAUUUUCGGUGCUGUUUAUACAACAAAAAAUAUUGUUUUUGUAAUACCAUAAUUAUUGCGUAUGGAUCGCAGUUGUAAAUGGGUUAUACUGGUUAAGUCAUGGGCUUCCAGUGGACACUGCCGACUUAAAUUAAUAACUUGAUUUAUUUCUUCGUUUCCAUACAAACGUCAAAAAUUGCGAGACUGUUAAGAAUACUUGAUAACUAUAGUAUCCAAAUUGCUUAUAUUAUUCAUUGGAGUUUAUAUAACUAUUCAUUAAUCUUGGAACUAGUAAAGAAAUUUUUAUGUAUUUGAUUUAUUGAAUAGUAGAGGGGGAGCCUUAAGCCUACUUAAGAAUACACGAUGGUAUUUGUAAAAGUUGUAAAAGACACAGAAAUCAGAAGAAGUGCAAGCAACGAGGGAGGGGGGCGGGAGAGACAGAGAAUGAGAAAGACAGAAAGAAAGAAAGAGCAUACACUGCCUUAUUUAUUUUACAAAAUAAGUACACUUCAUUGUCAUACACCGUAGUGAAAUAAACUACAAUUUCAUAAUUUA